GGGCGAAAAAGGAUCAAGCUGUACUUAACAAAGUGGUGGGCUUAAAACUAAGGAGGCACCUCCUUUUUCCCUCUGUUCGUACCAACCGAGAAAUUCAUUUUUUAUAACUAAAAUCUAGUAGCAAUGGCCCCCUCGAAGAAGACCUCGUCCGGUGACUCCAUCAACUCCCGCCUCGCUCUUGUCAUGAAGAGCGGCAAGUCUACUCUCGGUUACAAGUCGACCCUGAAGACCCUCCGCAACGGCAAGGCCAAGCUGGUCAUCAUCUCGGGCAACACUCCUCCUCUGCGCAAGUCUGAGAUCGAGUACUACGCUAUGCUCGCCAAGACCAGCGUCCACCACUUCGGCGGCAGUAAGUAUCCACAACCAAAUACGACACUAUUGCUUUAUUUUGGACGUACAUUUUGUUUUUCCGGUCGCUAACAUUGCCAGCUUUUUUAUUUUUUGUGUUCUUAUUUUUUUCCUUGUAGACAACAUCGAUCUGGGCACUGCC